UCCACGUGGCUUUGGAUAAAGUUGUUUUUGUCUUUUUAUUUUCUAUACAAUUGUUUUUUUAAUCUUAUUGGCGAUGACCAGGCUGAUUAUUAGACAUGCAAAGCAAGUUGUUCUUGUUUGCAAAAAUGRUGAGCGUGUUUUGAAAGGCGAAGCCAUGAAAACUGUCGCAGUGUUGGACAGCGAGGAAGAAGCUGGAGUGUCCGUUGUUGCAAACGAUGGCAAGAUAGAGUGUAUUGACCAUGACAGGAAGGUAGAUAUCAAAUAUCGUGGUCAAACGUUUGACACGGAGAUUGACGCUACUGGCAAAUGUGUUCUUCCAGGGCUCAUUGAUGCUCACACGCAUCCUGUUUGGGUUGGUGACAGAGUUCAUGAAUUUGCUAUGAAACUUGCAGGUGCAUCAUAUAUGGAUGUGCACAAAGCUGGUGGUGGGAUAAAUUUUACAGUUCAACAUGUACGAAAAGCUACAAAAGAAAGCCUCUAUCUCUCUCUCAAGCAAAGACUUGACCGCAUGCUUAAAUGUGGCACAACAGUUGUUGAAGCUAAGAGUGGCUAUGGUUUGGAUGUAGAGAAUGAAAUAAAGAUGUUACAAGCAAUAGAAAUGGCAAAGAAAGACCACCCAAUGGAGAUCUCAAGUACUUUUUGUGGAGCUCACUCAGUUCCUAAGGGUAGUACUGCAGAGGAAGCAACUGCAAAUGUUAUCAAUGACCAGAUUCCAAAGAUUAAGCAACUCAUGGAAAAUGGAGAGCUAACUGUUGAAAAUAUUGAUGUUUUUUGCGAAAAAGGUGUCUUUGAAGCUGACCACACAAAGGAAAUAUUAGAAGCUGGCAAAAAGGCUGGAUUUACAAUCAAUUUCCAUGGUGAUGAACUACACCCUAUGAAAUCAGGAGAGCUUGGUGCAGAAGUUGGUGCAUGUGCAAUCAGUCAUCUUGAAGAAGUCAGUGAUGAAGGCAUCAAAGCGAUGGCUAAAGCAUCAGUUAUAGGAGUACUUUUACCAACAACUGCUUAUAUUCUUAAACUUAAACCACCGCCAGCAAGACAAAUGAUUGAACAAGGUGUAGCUAUUGCACUUGGUACUGAUUUUAAUCCAAAUGCAUUCUGUCUUUCAAUGCCCCUUACAAUGCACCUAGCAUGCUGCUUGCUGAGAAUGUCAAUGCCAGAGGCAUUAGCAGCUGCUACAAUCAAUGCAGCUGCUACAAUUGGCCGUGCACAUUCUCAUGGAUCACUAGAGAUUGGAAAAGUUGCCGACAUGAUCAUCAUCAAUGCUCCCAGAUGGGAGCAUUUGAUUUACCAGUUUGGAGGCCACAAUGAGAUUAUUACUCAUGUCAUCAAGGGUGGGAAAGUUAUCCAUCAAAAAUGAUUUUGCAAGCCAUUGGCUAAACAAAACUAGGAAGUGAAUCAUACAUUUAUUUCUAAACAUAAAUAGUUAUAACUUAAAUAGUUUUAUUUAUAUUUCAACCUAAUUUAUGAAGUCUGGCUCACAUAUUACUUAGUCUCCUUUCACAGUCGUUAUGAGGCUUUUUCCCAGGAACAAAUCAAAUAUUUUGAAGCAAGGAACACAAUGUUCAGCAUUUACAUGUUUUAAACCCCUUAUUAGUUUCUGUGGUAGUAACAUAAUGAGCUAAGACAAGGAUAAACUGUUUUGCCCUGUUUUAUCUUAUAAAAAAAGCACUUCAAAAAUUUAAACAAAUUGCAUGUGACUGAUUAAGGUGUUGGUAGAUUGUGGAAAGUCUAGAAGACUAAACACUAAGAAUUCAGCUGUUAAGACAUGAAGGAGCUAUUAACUUAUUGCCCAAUGAAGACUAGGUAUAAAUCAUGACAAAAUAUAGCUUUUACAGUAGCUAUGUUCAGUCUAUCAUAAUAGGAUGUAUUUAUUCUAAAAGAUGUACAAAUGUUUUUAUUUAAAUAAAUUUUUGAUCAAAGAUAUAUGUUACAUGUAUUUACCGGCUGGGAGGUCUGUAUAGGAAAACACUGCCCAAAGUCUUGAUAGUACAGAACGAGUGCAGCGAGGUCCGUACAUAAAAGACCAAGGCCAGUGUUUUCCUAUACGGACCGACCUAUAGCCGGUAAAUAACAUUUUUAUUUUUUAUUUGUAUCUUAUGCAACUUUGCUCGCAGCCUAGCCUACAGUCAGACCAGGCAGAUCGUGAAAAACCGGACCACAUGCUAGCCAAUCACAGUGUGUGAAUGACUAGGAUACCGGACCGAAAAAAAAUAACACAGUGUAUGACCAGCUUCCUUAUUCAAGUGAAGUCAUUAAAACACUGAAAAAUUUGACUAUUGAAGUGAUAGUCAAAUAGACACAAAACAAUGCAAUUAGAGAGUACUAAGGUGUGUUAUCAUAAUAUCUAUUUCAUAGGUUUUUUGAACAACUCUAAUAGAGUCUACGUGUACUUAAAUAAUUCUGCAACUGAGAUAGAGAAAGCACUAAACAAAUUAAAGUGUUUAUCUUUACAAAUAUUGUUAAUUUGUGGAAUUAAAAACAAUUCUCUCCA